CACAGCUCCUCUCACAGAGCAGGGAUUUGAAGAUUGCAUCCUCACGUUUGUAAUCAGAGGAAGGAACGGAUUAUCUCCAUCUUGUUCUCUGCCGGGGGCUGCUGAGAAAAAGGAGGCAGAGCAGAGAGGAUGACAUGCAGCUCAGUGAAUGGAGUGUAGUCACAGAUAGAGAGGAGGGAGAGGUCACCUGUGGAUGUGAGCAGGGGGAGGAGGACCUGCACCCAUCAGCCGACACACCGAGGAGAGAAGAGCUCAGCAGGGAGGAUCUGUGAAGGUGUUCCAUGGCAGAGACCGGGGGUCCUGUGUCAGAGCUGAAGCCUGGAGGGGUGGCCGUCGCACUCUCUGGUCAACCCCUCUGUGACCCCUCCAGGACCUGGGCACAGCCGGCAGCAGCCUGCAGACCACCGGGAGCAACAGCCUGCCCCCCCCCACAGGAGCUCCAUCAGGAACAUUCUGGAAGUGACGGCUUCAGUCUGAGGGUGGGGGGACAGGGAAAAAGCCAAUGUGAACACUUUGUGCCCUAUAAGGGUCCAAGGCCCCCCCAUAGUCUGGCAGAGAAAUACACCCCCCAACAUCCAGACAAGGCCGUGGUGACUGCAGCAAUGCCCCCCCCUCAGGCUGGAGGGACGGUGCAGGGCAUAGAGCCCCCCUUCCUUCCUGUACACAAGAGCCACCCAGACACUACGUACAGACCUGUGGCCCCCCUGCCUCCUCUCACAGACACUUGUGGACUCUCUUACCAUGGGGGGGGGAGGAGUCAGGCCAGCCCCUCCAUGUUGGCUUGCAAGCAGCCCAUGCAGCUGCAGCAGCGCAGCAUCAUCACCACCACCUGCCGGGGGGGCAGCAGUCGAGACACACUACCUCACAGCAGGUGUGUCUGUGUCUCCGCCCCCCAGGCCACAGCCAGGAUGGUGGGUGUUAAAGAAAAACUCCCCCCUAAAUGUGAGCAGCCUCUGUGCUGCGGCUCCUACCAUGUGACCUUUGAGGACACGUUUGCAGCGUACUGCCACCCCCAGCCCCUCCCCGCACACCCCCAGCUGCUGCACCAUUUGGCAGGCGGAGAGCCACACUGUGACAUCCAGCGGGCAGGCCCCCCCUCAGUGACCAACCAUCUCACCCUUCCCCGCCUCGUGUCCUCCGUCAGUGAGACGGGUCUGGACAGCAAACACCUGCGCUGCUGCAGCCUGGGCCUCUCCUACAGCCGGCUGCCUGCACCCCCAGCUCCAAGGCACUUUGGUGGAGAGGAAUGCUGCAGCCAUGUCAGAACCACAAAUCGGGACAUGGGGACCAUGACGACCCACAGACAGCUAAGGGAUGUGGGGGUGCAGACGGCGCCGACUGCGACCCCCCAUGUCUUCCCAGAGAUUUGUCUGGCGGAGGAUAGCAGGACACAGACUAACACUGACAGUAAUGGAGGCAGGAAGGGGGGCGGUGCUGCCAAGUCCCCGGUGAAGGAGGUAAAGUGGGAUGCUGAAGGGAUGACCUGGGAGGUGUACGGGGCCUCAGUGGACCCAGAGGAGCUGGGCCUGGCCAUCCAGAAGCACCUGGAGCUGCAGAUCAAGGAGACAGCCAGCCACGCAGCCAAGCUGAGCCGCCAGAACACCAGCACCUCCCAGCAGGAGGCGGGGAGCUGUCAGAGGAAGAGGAGCAGGAUGAUGGGCUCCAUCCGGGCCCCAGCCUGCUGCACCACAGCUGUGGACUAACCGGCUGCUCUGAGCCUCAGCCUGGAACUUAAAGGCAGGAUAAAUAAUCAGCUUCUUAUGAAAAGCUGGGGGGGGUGUUUAGAACGUGAGUGUACAUGACAGAAGAAGAGCAGGCCCUCAUUGGCUUCAGUAUCACACUGUCUGCAGACAGUGUGACACGUUGUGUCGGUGCCUCCUUCUUGGUUUUCAGCUAAAAACGACUAUAAAAACAUUACACUAUAUCAAUAUCUGUAGAAUGUCAACUAUUAUUCAGAUUGAUUUCACACUCAUGACAUUAUGUUAAAGGAAACCUUCUUUUGUUGACGGUUGUGAUUGUGAUUCCACUCUGGUUGAAACCUCCAUCAUGGAAACUCGGCAAUAAAAGAUGUGUAGAUCCCACUUUGUGUUGAUUUUUGUUUGUGUA